AUGAGUUUCGACCAACAAAUUCAAGAUUUGAAUCUUGAUAUUGAUGAAAUAAAAAAAUUUCAUGAACAAUCUCAACGUCCCCGUAUUAAACAAUUUUUGGAAAUUCAGUUACGUAAAUAUCAAACUGAGUUGUUAAGUUUAAAAGAAAAACAACAGCAACAAAACGACAAUAAAACGGGCGAGAAAGCAGUUUCAGCACAAGCAUCAGCGACAACUUCGACAAAUCGAUCCUAUAACAAAGAUAUUACACUUUAUGCUUGGGAUCAAUCAGAUAAAUUUGUCAAAUUGUAUGUUCAAGAUUUAAAUGGCGUAUCAAAUUUGGCAGAAGAUCAAAUAAAAUGUACAUUUGAACAACGUGGUUUUCAGUUAGAAAUAAAUAAUUUGAACAACGUCAAUUAUACAUUUAAAUUGAGAAAACUUUUGAAUGAAAUUUUACCCAAUGAAUCAUCAUACAAGUUAAAAAAAGAUUCAGUUGUUAUCAUGCUUCGUAAGAAAGACCCUAAACAAUGGGAAUGUGUUAUUCAAGACGACAAAAAAGCCGAUAAAAAACUACCAAAGAUGGAUGACAGAAAAGAUCCAGGAGAUAGCUUAAUGAAUAUGAUGAAACAAAUGUAUGACGAGGGUGAUGAUGAAAUGAAAAGAACAAUAGCUAAAGCGUGGACUGAAUCACGCGAAAAAAUGAAUACAGGUGGAGGUGGAGAAAUGGGCGGAUUUUAA